UAACCUGGAGUCCUACACCAAGAGCUGCAUGUGCACAGACCCACGAGAACAUGAAGAGACUGCAAGCUGUUCUUACGUCAUGUCUCAGAAGGUGAAAGAUCCAGAGCGGUUGUUGGGGGAGAUAGCCUUCCAGCUGGAUCGAAGGAUCCUGUCCUAUGUGUUCCAGGGCCAGAACAGACUCUAUGGGUUCACUGUGCUCAAUAUACGAGACAAGAUCAUUCAGGUGUCCACACACCCUCUGACGGGGAAGGUGGACGAGGGCUACAGGCUCCAGCUGUCCCAGCGCUACACUGAGCUGAUGGCCAAGCUGAAGCAGCUGGGCUAUAGUAUGACUCUCCACCCCCCCUUCACAGAGUUCAUCAUCAACACCUAUGGCAUACUGAAGCAGAGGGCUGACUCAUACAGCGCCCGGGAGCUGGGAUACAACAGCCCGGACUUCCUCAGGAGAGUAGUUAUCAACUCAGCCCCCUCCAAACUGCUGAAGGAUCUCCUGCUGCUGUUCAGUUGCCUCUCUUUCAUGGCCAGGCAGGACGGCAAGCCCCUCUUCCUCUGGUAGACGGGCUGGGAACAGCUCUGGUCCAGGGUGUUACGUAUAGCUUGCUGAUUCUGAGUCUUUUAUAAACGCUUAGGACCAGAGCUAGACUGGGACGGCCACUGAUACCACCUCCCUCCACAGCAGAUCAGUCAUCUGUGGAGAGUCAAGUUUUUACACUAUAAACAAAUGACUCAAACCCAA